CCAAUCUAGUGGGCGGGGCGUUUAAGGCAGCCUUCUGGAAAAAAACAAGCGAGCUUGUUAGUUAGUUUUUAUUCUAUAUAAUACAGUAAUCCAGAAACGACCUGAUUCAGGUUUAUACGUCACGGACACCUGAGGACCGGCCACGGCGGAUUAACGGAGCUGUUCCAGUGGAAAUGGAGGAGGUUCACCAGAGUGGCAGUAACGGCACCGAGUCACAACCUGUCACCAUCCCGUCCACCAUCACAGCGUCUCAGUUAUCACAGAUCACUCAGAUGACCCUGGGAGGAUCUCCGGUGGCCGUAGUGCAGCUCCCCGGGGGUCAGAUUCAGGUGCAGGGGGUCAUCCAGUCCGCCCAGCCCUCAGUCAUUCAGUCUCCACCAGCACAAGUACAGGGGUCAGACAGUGAAGAUUCUCAGGAUUCCACAGAUAGUGGAGCUUCAAACCAGAAGACACGAGAGCUGCUUGCCAGACGCCCAUCUUACAGGAAGAUAUUAAACGAUCUCUCAGCUGAGGAAGUAGCAACGCGUAAUGAUGGAGACGAGGAGACCUCAGCAUCGUCUGCCAUGACCACCGUGUCCCUGUCCACGCCCAUCUAUCAGACCAGCAGUGGGCAGUACAUCGCCAUAGCGUCGAACGGCUCUCUGCAGUUAGCGGGUGGGGGCUCCGAGGGCGUUCAGGGCCUGCAGACUCUCACCAUGACCAACUCGACCCCGAGCCAGCCGACCAUCCUGCAGUACGCUCAGACCGCAGACGGACAGCAGAUCCUCCUGCCUGGCAAUCAGGUGGUGCUGCAGGGAGCGGGAGGAGAGAUGCAGGCGUAUCAGAUUCGCUCGUCAUCGUCAGCGCUGCCUCAGACCGUCGUCAUGACAUCACCGGUCAUCAGCUCUCAGGGAAAGAGUGACGACCCCCAGCUGAAGAGAGAGAUACGCCUCGCCAAAAACAGGGAGGCGGCUCGGGAGUGUCGCAGGAAGAAGAAGGAGUAUGUGAAGUGCCUAGAGAACCGCGUGGCCGUGCUGGAGAACCAAAACAAAACACUGAUUGAGGAGCUCAAGACAUUAAAGGACCUGUACUGCGUCAAAACGGGCUAACAGCUAGCGCUACGCUAAACGGACAGUACUUGCAGCUCUGCCCACACACACACACACACACACACACACACACACACACACACACUGACUGGGAAUGUCAGUUCAUUGUUUUUAUACUUCUUUUUAACUAAGAGUUUAGGAAAUACACACAAACAAACACACUCUCUCUCACACACACACACACACACACACACACACACACACAGAGUUUAUGGAGAAUAAUGAUGAUAUUUUUCCUUUAGCUAUUUUUAAUAAGAGAUGAUAAGUGUAUAUAUAUUGUGUGGGUAUGUGUGUGUGUGUGUGUGUGUUUCCUCCUGAUCAACCGGUUGUGUUUAUUAGAGAAGUUUGUGUGUUUUUUUUUUUUUUUUAUUGUUUUUUCCCAGAAGUGCUAAUAAAUAAAGUGAAAGGUGAUUAAAGUUUGGAGCAGAUAGAACCAGGUAACCCCCCCCCCCCCCCCCCCAUCUCAUCUCAUGUAUUCUGAAUAUUGUCACGUGGUGUUUUGUUCCCUUUCUGACACCCCGAGCCCACUGUUUCUGAGGCAGCGGUCCUCGAGCCAAAUCUGUGUCUGUACUCACACCAUGCUUUGAGUUGCUGCGGACUAGACGGCCAGACGGCUAGACGGUGAUGUAUCCUGAGUAAAUGUUAGUGGCUGGAGCUGUUACAGUUCAGUAAAAUCAGGGAGCACGCUUGCACUUCCACAUGCAGGUGACGUCGUUUAUUAAUAAAAAAAAAACCUGAAUAUAUAUAAAAAAAAA